AUGCAGCUGACAAUACAGGCUAUUUUAUUGUUUCACUUCUGCAUACGUUGGGCCAAUGCCCUGUACGCCAAGUUUCCCACUCCAACUGAGACAUCAGCCCCCAGUCGGACAGAUGGCCUCGUUGCACAGCGUGGCGUCCCGUCCGAGAUGAUAACCUGCGGCUACAAAAACGGCGACCCAGAGGCUUACACAGAAUGGCCUAUGGGGCAUGCAUCAUCGACUAACCCGGACCUCUGCAGCAAAAAGGAGCAAUAUUGUAGUUUCGCGUACCUGAUCAUGGACGAAGGACACAAAUACACUUACAUGGCAUGCGGUGCCGUCGCAGCAACAGACACCUUCUUCAUGACCCCCAAAGUCCCACAGUUAACGAAACCCGGCCCAGAGACAUUGACUGCUGAGACAUCGGGACCCUCGAGCAGCACGACGGACGAAACCACCCCGUCGGAAACUCUCUCUGAGACAGUAACUGAGGCCUCUGACAACAAUGGCUCUCGCCGCAGUAGUAACGUGGGCGCAAUAGUUGGCGGUGUUGUCGGAGGCCUGGCUGUGGUCUGCGGAACGGCGAUUGUUGCUUUGUACUUGCUACGAAAGAACAAUGAGCACAAGCCCAAAAGUGAGAAGGGUACUUCUGAAGCCACGAGUCCAACAAGUCCCAAUGAUGGCCCCAAAGAGUUGACUGGAUCGAAUCCUUCCGAGUUGCAGGGAACUGCCAUUCCUACUCCUCAGCUCCCUCUAGUUGAGCUAUCAUGA